AUGAUCCUAUUAGCAUUCAAGUUGGCUGGGGGGGGCAAGAUUCCACGCUGGAAGGAUGGUGAAACUGUUCAAUUUGCUGCCUAUGCUGGGGGCUACCCAACACGCGACCAUGCCCUCCUUGCUGCGUAUAAGCUCAAUGAUGCAGCAAACAGGUGGAAUGACCUCGGACUCCGUGUGAAAUUCAAGUGGGUUUCCAGACUUGAAGAGGCGGCAUUUGUUCUUGCUUACGGGGGUAAUGGCGGCUCAACUAUUGCGAGGGCAUUUGAACCAAAUACCAACGACCUCAACACUCUUUUUGUGUACCAGAAAGCAUUUGAGCCAGGCAUUAUCAACUCCAUGUACAAUGUCUUCUUACAUGAGCUCGGCCAUGUACUGGGCCUACGACAUGAGUUCGCGCCUGAGAAAGAAGGCAGUGAUCCGUCUGUCCAAAUUGGCCCUCGGAACCCGCUUUCUGUCAUGAGCUACACGUUUCCUCCACAGAUUCAACCAUCCGAUGAGACAAGCACACGGGUCUUCUAUGAUUUACCCGAAGGCAUCUACCAAGGGCUGCAAGUCCUCCAUGUUAUUCCCGAUAACUAA